GGAAUUUGUCUUGUGUUCUGAAAAAGGAGAAUGAAGUUGUGUCUUUCAUUAUUGCUGCUGCUGCCGGCGCUGCUGAGCGCUGAGCUAUGCGACCUUCAACCUACGUCUGAGAUGGCCGCCGCACUCCCCCAUUUCUAUCAAGGACAGCUGGAGUUCUCAGUUGCCAUGCUAGAGGCCAUUCGCAACACAACAGCCAACGAGAAUGUCUUCUUUUCACCCUACAGCAUCUAUCAUGCCCUCCUGUUGGCCUAUUUUGGUGCCACAGGUGAGACGGAAGAGGAGCUCUCUAGGGUACUUCGCUUAGGCUGGGCGCCAUCAAAGGAAACUGUGCGCCAUGCUUAUCGCUUAGAUAAGUCUGAUCGUCUUUUACGUGCCAAAGAUAUGCCUCUGGAGUUCUCAUCCGCCGAUCGGAUGUACUUUGACGAGCAAGUGAAGCUGACCAGCUGCCUGGAAACGCGAUUCCACGAUGAAAUUGUUCAGUUGAAUAUCAAGGAUAAUGUCGAGCAGACGCGACAACAGAUUAAUGGCUGGGUUGCAAAUGUCACAAAAAAUCAAAUUGAAAACAUGAUGGCUCCUGGUGAUAUCGAUUCAAAUACUAAGACAGUGCUGGCCAAUGCGGCGUACUUCAAGGGGCAAUGGAUCAAUCCCUUCAAAGCGCGGAAAACAUUUCAGAUGCCAUUCCACACGGCCAGGGGUACAGUGUCGCUUGUACCAUUGAUGAGUCAGAUAAAAACUUUCCCAGUCCAUUGGGAUAUGCGCUUGCGGGCCGUAGUUGUGCAACUCCCAUAUCGCACAUCGUUUGAGGAGGGUGAUAAUGCUUCUGAUAUCUCUAUGGUCAUCAUACUUCCUUUCGGCGAUAAUGCUCUUGAGCAGGUACUGACAAAGUUGAACUCCGUAACCUUGGAGGCGGCUUUGAGGGAAGCCAAGGCAAAGGAGAUUAUGAUGAAGUUGCCCAAAUUUAAGCUUGAGCAGCGUCUGAAUCUCGGAUCAAUUCUGCGUAAAAUGGGCGUCAACAAGAUGUUCGAUCAUGACGCCAGCUUCAAUGACUUUAGCGCUGAUCAGGGCAUAAAUUUUGGCGAUGUCCAGCACCUGGCCAAAAUCAAGGUGGAUGAGGAGGGCAGCGUUGCGGCGGCAAAAACACAUAUAAACGUGCUCUUUUCUGGGCCCAUCCAAGUUAUAUGCGAUCGUCCGUUUGCGUUCCUGAUUUACGAUAGAAAAUCAAAGGCCAUUCUGUUUACCGGCAUAUAUCGUGACCCGACGACAAUGGAAUAAAUAGGUGUAUAUGAGUUUGUCCAUUAUGCCUUUACUAUGUGCAUGUGCCUAAAUUUGUCAUUUUAUUUCGUUAAGAAAUUAUGUGAACAUUAAAAAAAAAGUAAAUAAAAAUAAAUAAUGAUGAAAUUA